AUGAAAGCCCUUCUGAUUCUCCUUCUCUUCUGCGUCUCCAUAACUCUGGGCGGUGCCGAUUAUGGAUGUAAUUCAAGUAGUGAUUGCAAGGAUGGAAAAGAGUGCGUAUAUCGUAGAACCGUCAAUCAAUGUCUAUAUCGGAAUAACAAUCCGUGCGUGCACGAAAGAACAUGUGAUGUAGGUCAGAAGUGUUUCUACUAUGAGAAGGAAAAAAUCAGUAGAUGUACUUAUCCUAGAAGAUACAAAUUUUGA